UCGCCCUCUCCCUCUCUUCUCCUCGGGAAAAAAAAGCGCUCCAAAUGUAAUAACAAACUCUCCAUGCGCUUCUCUCACGCUCCUGUCGGGUUUUUACGCACGUCUGCGGUCUGCUAUCGGCGGAUAUCAUCGGCGGGCUGAUGGUGUUGGACCGGCCGUGGUUGACAAACACAGCAAACUGUGAGAAGGAGGAGAAAGACGAGCAGGAGGAAAAACUCUGGCUGCGCCGCUUUGGAGUUGGAGCGUAACAGAAAGAAGAAGAAGAAGAAGAAGAAGAGGAAGAAAAGAAAAAGUCCCACAGGCAACUCCAGAAGCACAUCUGCAACUUAGGAGGAAGAGGAGAAGAGGAAGAAGAGGAGGAGAAGAGGAGAAGAAUCACUUCUUUUUCUGAGAAGAUUUAAAAAAAAGAAUUACACCCCCAGAAAGAAUUAUCUCGUCGCCAUGAGUUGUUGAGGAAUGAGCAGUCGCCAUGGAACACCAGUCGCAGGCCAGUUCAGCAGCUGAGAAGAAGAAGAGAGUUGAGACCAUCGUGGCGACCAAGGGCUCAUCAGUGCGCAAUGACAUCAGCGAGAAGGCCGUGGCCUCUAGCACCACCUCCAACGAAGACGACAGCUCAGGUACACCCUACCACCGGGAGAGGCGCAAUGCCAUCAGCUCUCGGGCCCCGGUCAACGAGGAGCCCUCCACCUCCACAGAGGAUCGGCCAUCGCUGCUCAAGAAGGAGCUGCAUGCUUCCAUGCCCCACCUGGUUGACCACGGCCUGCCGUACCGAGGCGCUCUGUUUGCCAUGGACCCCCGCAAUGGCUACCUAGAGUCGCACUAUGCUGCUCCACAGUUCUUCCCGACCUUCCAUCCUCCAGUGCCCAUCGACGACAGACAUGCCCAGGGACGCUACAUCUACGAUCCCUCCCCGGUGCCCCCUCUUCACGUGCCUCCUUCGCUGGCAGGCAGUCCGGCUUUCUCCGACAUCUCCCUCAUCCGGAUCUCGCCACAGCGGAACCCCUCCGUGGGGGCGGAGUCGCCCUUUCACCCUCCGCACCCCUACAUCAACCCAUACAUGGACUACAUCCGCUCACUGCACAGCAGCCCCUCCAUCUCCGUUCUGUCGGCCACCCGAGGCCUCAGCCCCGCAGAUGCCCCUCACACAGGCCUGACCACAGCUGAGUACUACCAACACAUGGCCCUGCUGGCGGGCCACCGUAGCCCGUACGCAACCGACCUGCUCCCGUCUGUGGCGUCCACAGCCGGUGCUGCCAGCGCCAGUGCCCUGCACAUGGAAUACCUGCAGGCGAUGGAGAACUCUCGCUUCUCGAGCCCGAGGCUGCCAUCACGGCCCAGCAGGAAGCGCCCCCUGCCCAUCUCGCCCCUCUCCGAGCACAGCUUCGACCUGCAGACCAUGAUUCGCAACUCGCCCAACUCGCUCGUCACCAUGCUGAACAACUCGCGCUCCAGCUCCUCCACCAGCGGCUCCUACGGGCACCUCUCUGCAGGAACCAUCAGCCCAGCGUUGAGCUUCGCCUACCCUUCGACCCCGGUGGCCUUGCACAUGCACCAGCAACUGCUCGGUCGCCAGCCGGGCCUCGUGGGAUCUGCGUUCGGCCACAGCCCGCCCCUCAUGCAUCCGACGCCAGCCUUCGCCACCCAGCGGCCCGUGCCUGGCAUCCCUCCCUCCGGGCUGAGUGCUAGCGAGCGCUCAGCCAUCUCCAACGACUCCUCGCAGACGAAACCCACGAGUGAAUCUGCAGUGAGCAGCACCGGAGACCCGAUGCACCACAAGCGCUCCAAAAUGAAGCCGGAGGAAGAGAUGCCGAGCCCGGGUGCAGUGAGCGUGCAGGACCAUCCUGAUGGUAUGACCCUGGUGAAGGAGGAGGGAGACAAGGACGAGAGCAAACAGGAGCCGGAGCUGGUCUACGAGACAAACUGCCACUGGGAGAACUGCUGCCGCGAGUUCGACACACAGGAGCAGCUCGUACAACACAUCAACAACGACCACAUCCACGGGGAAAAGAAGGAGUUCGUGUGCCGGUGGGAGGAAUGCUCUCGAGAGCAGAAACCCUUCAAGGCUCAGUACAUGCUGGUGGUCCACAUGCGCAGGCAUACCGGGGAAAAGCCGCACAAGUGCACGUUCGAGGGCUGCAGCAAGGCCUACUCCCGUCUGGAAAACCUUAAGACUCACUUACGCUCCCACACUGGAGAGAAACCAUAUGUGUGUGAGCACGAGGGCUGCAACAAGGCCUUCUCCAACGCCUCCGAUCGGGCAAAACAUCAGAAUCGCACACACUCCAAUGAGAAACCGUACGUGUGCAAAAUCCCCGGCUGCACCAAGCGCUACACAGACCCCAGCUCCCUGCGCAAGCACGUGAAGACGGUGCACGGGCCGGAGGCGCACGUCACCAAGAAGCAGCGUGGAGAUUACCCGCGCCCUCCGCCCCAGCCGCGGGAGCCAGGGAGCAACGGCCAGGGCAGGUCGCCGGGGUCACUGCCCCUGGGCGGGUACACGGACCAAAGGGAGUACAACCACGCUACCUCAAAACAAGACGACUGUCUGCAGGUCAAGUCCAUCAAGACAGAGAAGCCAAUGACGUCUCAGCCAAGCCCUGGCGGUCAGUCUACAUGCAGCAGUGACCAGUCCCCCGUCAGCACCUAUCCCUACAGUGGAGUCCAGCUUGCUGUGAGCGCCGGACGCUCGCCAGGGGAGGGGCUGGAGGAGGACGAGGAGAGGGAGGACAACGAGGAGGUGGGAGAGGAGGAGUGCGAGUGCGAGCGGGCCCCCAUCAUGGACUCCACGGUCUCAACGGCCACCGCGGCCAUGCUGACCCUGCAGGCAAGGCGAAGCGUCGGCCGCCCCGUGCGCUGGAUGGAGCACAUCAAGAUGGAGAGGCUGAAGCAAGUGAACGGAGCACUGCCCAGGCUGGGGCCCCUGUCCCCUACACCGCCCCCAAAAGGCUCCACGUUGCCCACCAUCCUGGGGAAGGGAUCCUGUCUGGGCAGGCAGUCGGGGGUGUCUGCUCCUCAGCCACCCGUUCAUGCUGAGCUGGGAACCACAGAGCUGACAGUGCUCAAUUUGCUCCGGGACCGGCGUGACAGCAGCGGCAGCGCGACCAGCUCGGCCUAUCUGAGCAGCAGCCGACGCUCCUCUGGCAUCUCCCCCUGCUUCUCCAGCCGACGCUCCAGCCAGGCUUCCCAGAACGAGGGCACCAUGGCAGCCACCCACCACCGCCGCCUCCACAACCUCAGCUCCACCGACUCUUACGACCCAAUCUCCACUGAUGCCUCCCGCCGGUCCAGCGAGGCUAGCCAGUACGGAGGUGGGGUAGGAGGCGGGGGUGGAGGGCUAUUCUCAUAUGGGGGCUGUGGAGGUGUAGGAGGAGUGGGCAUAGGAGGAGGAGCUGGCUCACGGGGGAUGCUCACUUUAACCCCAGCACAGCACUACCACCUGAAAGCCAAGUAUGCAGCGGCAACUGGUGGCCCACCCCCCACGCCUCUGCCCAACAUGGAACGCAUGAGCUUGAAGACUCGCAUGGCCAUGAUGGAUGAUGGUGGGAGCAACCACUGUUUGCCACCUCUAGUCCGGCCACAUCAGUGCGGCGAUGGCACCAACGGGUACACCAAUGGGUACAUGGGACACACAGGGUACAGGAGGAGGGUCCUCUAUCCUGGUGAGGGGCCACUGAAUGGGAACCGCAGGGCCAGCGACCCGGUCCGGACGCAGGCUCCUGAUAUGUGCAAUCUGCCCCCGGUGCAACGUUUCAACAGCCUUAACAACCUCCACCCUCUUCCCCCUCUGUCUCAUCAGUCUACGCCCGAGACGCGUAACUUAAGCCUACAGAACUACACUCGCUCCGAGGGCAACCUGCAGAGAGGUCUGCAGCACUCCCCGUACACUCCCAGCAUCGCAGAGCAUGCCGCCUUAGAGGCCCUGGCCAUGGAGGAUGACAGCGAGGCCGGCCUGUUGCUUGAGGAUGAGGAUAUGUUGCCAGAUGACCUUGUGCAGUAUCUCCACUCCCAGGUGGAUGGCGGCUCCUACAUGCACAUCGAGGACCAAAUAGCUUCUAACCAAAGGGACGCUUCACAUCCAUCUGCGGAGGAGAUGGACCAGAUCCAGACAUCAGCGUUGAAUUUAGCCUUCCCUGGGUGCCAUAGUCUCCAGCAGCAGCAGCAGCAGAUGGCAGAAAGGAGGAGCCCCAGUAAGCUUCCCAUCCAGUGGAAUGAAGUGAGCUCCGGUAGUGCUGACAGGUCUCCUCAGAGGGCACCAAACCAUCACUCCCAGUGUGGAAGGUGGUCGGGCACAGAACAGAACGUAUCUGCACCUUUUGGUAGGUUUGGAAACAUGGUAGUUCAGCAGCAAGCGCCCCUUGAUUUCCAGAACAGCUGUUCCCAAGCAAAUCCGCCCCAGAGUGCUUACUGCAGCCCCACGGUGAAGCUGGAGAAUCAGCGUAACUCCUGCAUGAGAGGAACUAGUCACAACUCCGCCAACAUCUUUGGGAGGCCGAACUUCUCACAGACUGUGGAUGAGCCUCUUCUGGAGGGCUUCAAACAGCAAGUCUCUACUGGAGCUCAGAAACAGAGCCACUUCGAGCAGAACCACAACAGCAGCACCUCUUGUCAGGUUGGGAACCACCUCAACCUCAGCAGGGGCUCCAUGGACAACCUCCACGGCCUCUCCCAGGGAGCCACCCUUCAGCACAGUCGGCAGGUCCAUGUCCCUCGCCCUCCGAUGAACAGUUACAGGAACAUGGUCCGGACCCAGCAGUACCUCAAUGCCGAGAGCGCCAAUGAAAUCCAGGCGAACCUCAACCAGCAGCAACAACUGCAGAGGAGCGGGGACCACUGCUCCCUGGCACAUCAGGUAUCUGGGCUGAAGCUGGAGGCCCCAGAUCAUGGAUACUUAGACCAGGUGAAUGGUGACUGCCUCUCUUAUGAAGCAGCGGAUCACAAGGCGUCCUCCUUCCCUGUCCUGGAGGACCAGUGCCUGCUGGACUCCAUGGCUGAGUCGGCGAGACAAGGUGGCAACUCAGCGGCUCUUCUCUCCCCCGGCGCAGACCAGGUGACCAGCACGGUGGGUGGCAGUGUGCCCGGUGUGCUGGACGAGGGGGUGAGCCUGGACUUUGGUGUCAUGCUGGAGGAUGGCUUCGAUCAGGGCAGCUUGGUGUCGGGGGUGUUGAGUCCCUCCAUCUUUCAGGGUCUGUCCAGGACCUCGUCACGCCUGACCACGCCGCGAGCGUCCGCCACCUUCCACAGCGUCGCCCCCGGCCUCAACAACAUGGCCAUCGGAGACAUGAGCUCUCUCCUCACCACGCUGGCCGAGGAGAGCAAGUUCCUGGCCAUCAUGCAGUAGCUGCUCUCUCUCUCUCUCGCUCUCUCUGCUUUCUCCUCUGUUCGGAAAAAUGGGAAAAAAAGGAAGAGAAGAACUCUGGUGUAUGUGAAGAUGAAGACAAAAGUGGCAAUUAUGAGAACUUUAUUAUGUACGUAAAAUGUUCGGAAAUAGGCAGACGCCAAAACUCAUUUAUUUUGUCAAAAAAAAAGAAGAAAAAAAAGAAAUCAUCCCGUGAAGAAAUGGGAUGUGUCACAAUUAUGUAUAGUUAAAUAGUUAUAUUCCUUUUGUGGAAUGAAGGCUAUUUUUGGAAGCCCUUCUCUUGUUAUGACUAUGUGAUGGGGAGCAACAGCUCACGUCUUUAAAACAACAGUAUUCCGUGUAUUGUCACUGUUUUUGCUGUACACACUGUUGGUCAAAACAAAUGCAUGCGUUUAAAGGUUAAACAUUGACACUGUCUAAACACGUACAUAUAGACGAGCCCAUGUGCCAAGUAUCUACAGUUCUGAUCCCCACAGGUACAGAAGCUCUAAAUCUAGCAGCUGAGACACGGGUCACUACAUGAACAGGCCCCGAUGAGAGACUUUAUAUAUCAUACCUUUUAAGAAGUGGUAUAUUUACAUUUGUUGUCCUUUCGUUUUGUACGUUGCUUUUUGUGAAUCUGUAAAUGUUCCAGUGCUUUUACCAACUUCUACCAAGUGGUCCCCCCCCCGACGGUAUCGAGUCCAAUAAUUGGACGCGACAUUUCAAGACGCCGUAGAUAGUCGUCUCCUUGAUAUAUCUAAAUGAUGUAAGGUACUCACAAGUGUAUAUAACAGUGUUUUUUUAUAUUGUUUGUGAUAAUCUGAUUUUGUU